AUGGAUUUGAAACUUCUUCGAAAAUUAAUAAUAUGGCCGAUUAGCAUCCGUAUAUCCGGUUCGAUAUUACUGCUUGCUUGCUUUUUCUUUUAUAUAAGCGGUAGCUCAAAGAGGUGGGGGCAUGGUUUGCAGUUGGAUAAAGAAGAUGGUUCGUAUGGAAAAUUAUAUGUUGGCUUGAAUGAAAUCUGCGAUGAAAAUAAUAGAUGUGAUGAAUUACCGGAUAAUUGUUCAACAUUUGAUUCUUAUGGAAAAUCAAAUUGUUUGAAAUCGAAAGUAGCAAGACAAUGUCUAACGGCUUCAGUUAUAUUGUCAGGAAUGGGUGUACUUUGGUUGUUAGAGUUAAGUUCGGGUGCGAACAAACAUCGAAAAUGUGUAAUGGUAUUUGGUGCAAUUGCGGCUUUCUUGCCAAUCAUUCCGGCCUGUGUCGGAUUUGGAUAUGGAGUUAAAUAUGCAACGGCAUUAUCGGGAUUUAAAAUGGGAAUAGGUGCCGUUUAUGCAUUAAUUGGUGGUUUCCUCUGCUUGAUAAGCGCGGUAAUUUGUGCAGUGAUUCCCGUUGUGGAACGAAACAAAGUAGUAGUUACAGCAGAUGAACAUGUUGAUGAUGAUACUUAA